CAAAACUGUGGACGAAAACUCAGACCCGACAGCAGGUUGAAUGGCACUGCAUCGAUCCCAUCAACAUUCCCUGAAAGAAACUGACACCAUGUUGUUUUUGACAUCCCCACUGCCUCCCAACUCUACCUACUCCUGGACGUACACCAGUUUUCUGAUGGAAACCGACUCUGUGAAUGCUACCAACAAUGGCACAAAAAACAUAACCGAUCCAAAUAUUGACAAAACAAGCAAUGCAGUGAUCAGUUUUAUGUAUUUUGUAGUGUGCGCUGUGGGGUUGAGUGGGAACACACUGGUCAUUUAUGUUAUCCUGCGCUAUGCCAAGAUGAAAACAGUCACAAAUAUUUACAUCCUCAACUUGGCUAUUGCUGAUGAGCUGUUCAUGCUUGGCUUACCCUUCAUUGCAAUUCAGUUGGCCCUUGUCCACUGGCCUUUUGGUCAGGCCCUUUGCCGAGUUGUUAUAACAGUGGAUGGAUUAAAUCAAUUCACCAGUAUCUUCUGUCUCACAGUCAUGAGUAUCGACAGGUACCUAGCAGUGGUUCAUCCUAUCAAGUCUACAAAAUGGAGGAAACCUCGAGUGGCCAAAAUGAUAAAUGGUGCAGUGUGGGGACUCUCACUGCUUGUCAAUUUGCCCAUCAUAAUUUAUAGUGGUCAGAGAAUAAAAGAUGGCAGAAGUAGCUGCACUAUUGUCUGGCCUGAUCCCCCAGAAGCAUACUACACUGGAUUCAUGUUCUAUACUUUCUUCCUGGGCUUUUUCUUACCAUUGACUGUCAUCUGUCUGUGCUAUCUGUUUAUCAUCAUUAAGGUAAAGUCCUCUGGCAUUAGAGUUGGAUCCUCUAAGAGAAAGAAGUCAGAGAGAAAGGUAACCAGGAUGGUGUCCAUUGUGGUUGCAGUUUUUGUCUUCUGCUGGCUGCCAUUCUAUGUCUUCAAUGUCACUUCAGUGACAUGCUCCCUUGAGACCACACCUGUGAUGAAGGGCAUGUUUGAUUUUGUAGUCAUUCUUGGCUAUGCCAACAGCUGUGCCAACCCUAUCCUCUAUGCUUUCUUGUCAGAAAACUUUAAGAAGAGCUUUCAGAAUGUCCUUUGCAUCAAGAGGGUUGGAGGGUUAGAUGAUAUAGAAAGAAGCGAUAGCAGGCAGGAUAAAACCAGGAUGAUGAAUGAUGCAACUGAAACUCAAAGUUCACUGCUAAAUGGAGACCUUCAGACCAGCAUUUGAUUUGGAAGGCAAGCGAGUAUGUAAUCACACUCACCUCAUCCUUUGAAGAGGUUAUUAUCUUUCUGAAUUGUCCUUUGCCUGUGUCAGAAGAUGUAUUUGCACUUUAGAAUUAGAAUUAAAGAGGAGAAUUGUUGGCUAGAUCUUCAAAACUGGCACAGAAUUUUAUAAUGUUAUCAUAUGUUCUCAAGAUUUCAGCUCUACAAAAUGGACACUUGGCCAGUCCACUGACAGAGACUCAAAGCCUGGAAGAAAAAGACUUUAUACUUUAAGAUUACAUGUUUUAUAAGUUGUCUUAUUUUUGGUGUUUGUUCUUAAAAAAUCUAAGAAACUGAAGAUGCAUUUAAAUACUGGUUCAGUGCAAGCAGGUCUAGGGCGAUACAGCCUUUGUUUCAUUAAGGGCAUUUGUUUUUCUUAGUAGUUAUUGGAAGCAAAAAUAAAGAGAUUUAAACAAAACAAUACAAACAACAUGCACACAGGCAAAAUCAUACUUAUAGCGUUAUGGUUGUAGUGUCUUCUCAUUGAUGCUUUUGAUUUACAGUACCUUCAGUAAGCGCAUCACCAUGACACUUCAAAGUUUAAAGAAUUUUAGAAAAUGGAAGUAUGAAUGAAAUACCAAACUCUACCUAAGAAAAUACUCAGACUACGUCCACAUACUACAUUUUCAUUUAGGAAUGCAGACAUAAGUCUCCAUUUUCACUUUUUUGCCCAUAC